AUGUUCGGCAAAGGGCGCGGCAAGAAGGGCAAAGUGCCGGAAACGCGGCCGAGCUCAUGGGCUAUCCAAGGCGGAGCAGCCGACAAGAUCAUCAACACCCCCACCUUGCCCCCCAACAAAAAAGCCAAAAAAGGUGAGGCCAAAGGGAAGGAUGCAGAAAAAGCAGAUGCACCGAAGAUGGCCAACGAGUUGGUGAAGAACCAGGCCACUGAGGAGCAGAUCGAGGCCAUUUGCGACCUCCUUAGAUCCAACAAAGUGGAGAAGGCCCUGCAGUAUGUCCAGAAG